AUGCCGCUGCAACUGACGCCGCAGACGCCUCAGACGCCGCCCCCGACGCUGCCACAGCCACCCGCAACCAGCGGGGCGCUGGCAGUGCGGGCGGCGGCCGCCAGGGGCGCGCGCGGGCAGGUAGUAGUUCCCCGCUUGGCCGCGCCGCAGCGCCACGCGCGCUCUGCCGGCGAGCGCCUGCGAGGCUGGCCUCAGUGGAGCCACGGGCCAGACGGCGCGUCGCUGCCUCUCCGCAACAAGUGGCCGAGAGGCCAGCUCGGUAAGGCCCCGGGCGCCGGGGAUGUGGACGGGGUAGCAGGCCUGCCCCCGGGGGCCAUGGAGUCGGACGGCGAGGCGGGCGUGGUGGAGGCGGCCGCCCCCGCAGCUCCGGCGGCGGCCAGCGCCGCCCCCGAGAGCGAGAUGGACGCCUUCCUCCUCGGCAGGAUAGGGCGAGAUUCCACCGCAAACGCCUGCAGUGAGCUGAUCGGCAACUGGUCCAGAGACAAGCACCAGGAGCUGGUGUCGUCGGGACCCAAGCAGAUGAACUGGCGCGGGAUCCUGAUCGCGCUGCUCGUCAUCGUCGCCGUGCUGGGCCUCAUCGUGUUCUCCAUCGUGCUGCUGUCUCCUCCCGACGAGGGCCCGCGCGUCAGGGGCCGCAAGUUCUCGCUGGACGACGUGCUGGGCCCGCUCUUCCGCGCGCCCAGCUUCAACGGCACCUGGGUCUCCGACGUGGAGCUGGUGUUCAGAGACGCGUACGGCGGGGUGUCGAUCCUGAACGCCGAGAACCUCACAACCAGGGUGCUGAUGACCAACUCCACCUUCAGACAACUGAAUGCAGUGGACUUCAAAAUAUCAAGUGACCUCAACUUCAUACUGCUGAUAUCAGACGUCAGACAAGUGCACACCUACUCUUACGAAGCGCGCUACAGCAUCUAUGAAGUGGAGUCGAGGAACAAGUACCGCCUGUCCACCGGCGAGGAGGAGGCUGCUGACCUGGAGCACCCCAGGCUGCAGCUGGCCGUCUGGGCGCCCGACGGCAACGCCCUCGCCUUCGUGCGCGGCAACGACGUGUACUACAAGCCGCGCGCCAGGGCGCCCGAGGUGCACCGCGUCACCAGCACCGGCGCGCCGGGCCUCGUGCACAACGGCGUGCCCGACUGGCUGUACGAGGAGGAGAUCCUGAGGUCCGGCGGCGCGCUGUGGUUCUCGCCGGACGGCCAGUACCUGCUGUUCGCGUCCUUCAACGACUCGGCGGUGGGCGAGCUGAGGUACCCGUGGUACGGCGGCCUCAAGUACCCCGCCGUGAGGACGCUCAGGUACCCCAAGGCGGGCACCAGGAACCCCGCGGCGACGCUGUGGGCGGUGGACCUGAACCACCCCAGUCAGCUGCGGCCCGUCGACCUCAAGCCGUCCCCCGCCGUCGGCGCCUCGGGGGACCACUACUUCACGGCGGUGACCUGGCUGGCGGCGCACCAGGUGGCGGUGGUGUGGAUGAACCGGCGCCAGAACGUGUCCACCACCUCCGUCUGCCGGGAGCCGCUGUGGAUGUGCGAGGACGUGCACACGGAGCGGGCCGGGGAGGGCGGCUGGGUGGACGUCCAGCAGCCGCCGCUCUUCUCCAGCGACGGCCUGGCCUUCCUGGCGCUGCUGCCCGUGCUGGACGGCGACAACGGCCGCUUCCAGCACGUGUGUCACGUGACAGUGGCCAGCAAGCAGGUGACGGCGCUCACGCACGGCGCCUUCCAAGUGACGCAGCUGCUGCGCUGGGACGAGGACCGAGGUCUAGUGUACUUCCUGGCGGCCCCGGAGAAGCUGCCAGGGGAGAGACACCUGUACAGAGCCAAGGACCUCAACUCGACGACGCAGUCCUGGGACUGCCUCACCUGCGCGAACAGGACUCGCAUCCUGCGCACCAGGGACUCGUCUUCUGCAGACUCGUAUAGCGUCCCAGAGGGCGCGGCGGGGGAGGCGGAGCCCGGACUGGCGGGCGUGCCCCGGUGCCUGUUCAGCCGCGCGCACUUCAGCCCGGGCCCGUCGCCCAGGUACGCGGUGCUCGAGUGCCUGGGCCCCGACACGCCCAGCUCGCACCUGGUGGACGUGGUGGCCAGCGCCCAGGUGAUGCUGCUCGACGCCCACUCCGCCCUGCGCGGCCGCUACCUCGCCAUGGCGCGCCCCCAGGUGAGGACCUUCCAGGUGGCCGUGAAGAGCGGGGACCACGCCUUCGUGAGGCUGCACCUGCCGCCGGGCCUGCGGGAGUACGAGGAGAUGAUCUUCCCUCUGGUCCUGCACGUGUGCGCGGAGCCCGGCUCGCAGCUGGUUUCGGAGCGCUGGGGCGUGGACUGGGGCACCUACCUCGCCAGCUCGCGCAACUUCAUCGUGGCCCAGGUGGACGGCCGGGGGUCCGGCUUCCAGGGCGAGAGGGUGUUGCAGCAGCUGCACCACCGCUUCGGCAGCGUCGAGGUGGAGGAUCAGAUAGACGUCAUCAAGUACCUGCGGGAUAACCUCAACUUCGUGGACCGGGAGAAGGUGGCCGUGUGGGGCUGGGGGUACGGCGGCUUCGCGUCGGCCAUGAUCCUGGCCGAGGACGACGACGUGUUCAAGUGCGGCGUCUCCGUGGCUCCCAUCACCAGCUGGGCGCAUUACGACUCGGUGUACACGGAGCGCUACAUGGGCUCGCCCAACGUGACGGACAACUACCGCGGCUACGAGGAGGCCGACCUGACGCGGCGGGCGGCCGAGCUGCGCGACAAGCUCUACCUGCUGGUCCACGGCACCGCUGACGAGCGCGUGCACUACCAGCACAGCAUGGCGCUGGUCCGCGCCCUGGCCGAGGAGGGCGUGCUCUUCAGGCACCUGACAUACCCAGACGAGGGCCACUCGUUCUCCGGAGUGCAGCGGCACCUGCACAGGGCGAUGGAGGCCUUCCUGGACGACUGCUUCGGCCCGAUCAACUUCGAGGAGUGGGAGGUCGGCACCAGCUUCUUCAGCUUCAAGCAGUAGUGGGCGUGGCUCCAGGCCGUGUCCCGACCUGCCUACUGCUGCUUGCUACAUCCUGCCGUGCCACGACAGUAGCUGCGGGAGGGGCAUCCCGCCGUGCCACGACAGAAGCUGCGGGAGGGGCAUCCCGCCGUGCCACGACAGUAGCUGCUGGAGGGGCAUCCCGCCGUGCCACGACAGUAGCUGCGGGAGGGGCAUCCCGCCGUGCCACGACAGUAGCUGCUGGAGGGGCAUCCCGCCGUGCCACGACAGUAGCUGCUGGAGGGGCAUCCCGCCGUGCCACGACAGUAGCUGCGGGAGGGGCAUCCCGCCGUGCCACGACAGUAGCUGCGGGAGGGGCAUCCCGCCGUGCCACGACAGUAGCUGCGGGAGGGGCAUCCCGCCGUGCCACGACAGUAGCUGCGGGAGGGGCAUCCCGCCGUGCCACGACAGUAGCUGCGGGAGGGGCAUCCCGCCGUGCCACGACAGUAGCUGCGGGAGGGGCAUCCCGCCGUGCCACGACAGUAGCUGCGGGAGGGGCAUCCCGCCGAGCCACGACAGUAGCUGCUGGAGGGGCAUCCCGCCGUGCCACGACAGUAGCUGCGGGAGGGGCAUCCCGCCGUGCCACGACAGUAGCUGCGGGAGGGGCAUCCCGCCGUGCCACGACAGUAGCUGCGGGAGGGGCAUCCCGCCGAGCCACGACAGUAGCUGCUGGAGGGGCAUCCCGCCGUGCCACGACAGUAGCUGCGGGAGGGGCAUCCCGCCGUGCCACGACAGUAGCUGCGGGAGGGGCAUCCCGCCGUGCCACGACAGUAGCUGCGGGAGGGGCAUCCCGCCGAGCCACGACAGUAGCUGCUGGAGGGGCAUCCCGCCGUGCCACGACAGAAGCUGCGGGAGGGGCAUCCCGCCGUGCCACGACAGUAGCUGCGGGAGGGGCAUCCCGCCGUGCCACGACAGAAGCUGCGGGAGGGGCAUCCCGCCGUGCCACGACAGUAGCUGCAGGAGGGGCAUCCCGCCGUGCCACGACAGUAGCUGCUGGAGGGGCAUCCCGCCGUGCCACGACAGUAGCUGCGGGAGGGGCAUCCCGCCGUGCCACGACAGUAGCUGCUGGAGGGGCAUCCCGCCGUGCCACGACAGUAGCUGCUGGAGGGGCAUCCCGCCGUGCCACGACAGUAGCUGCUGGAGGGGCAUCCCGCCGUGCCACGACAGUAGCUGCUGGAGGGGCAUCCCGCCGUGCCACGACAGUAGCUGCGGGAGGGGCAUCCCGCCGUGCCACGACAGUAGCUGUUGGAGGGGCAUCCCGCCGUGCCACGACAGUAGCUGCUGGAGGGGCAUCCCGCCGUGUCACGACAGUAGCUGCGGGAGGGGCAUCCCGCCGAGCCACGACAGUAGCUGCGGGAGGGGCAUCCCGCCGUGCCACGACAGUAGCUGCUGGAGGGGCAUCCCGCCGUGCCACGACAGUAGCUGCUGGAGGGGCAUCCCGCCGUGCCACGACAGUAGCUGCUGGAGGGGCAUCCCGCCGUGCCACGACAGUAGCUGCGGGAGGGGCAUCCCGCCGUGCCACGACAGUAGCUGCUGGAGGGGCAUCCCGCCGUGCCACGACAGUAGCUGCGGGAGGGGCAUCCCGCCGUGCCACGACAGUAGCUGCUGGAGGGGCAUCCCGCCGUGCCACGACAGUAGCUGCGGGACAUCCAGCCCUGCGGUGCCACGGAAUAAGCCCAUCUCAGGCCUGGGACGUUAUCGUCGAUCCGCGGAGCACCCCAGCUUAGACGCCGACGAGUUUUAAAUACCGAAAAGUGAAGUCGUUAACUGUUUACGUGUUUUACCGGUGAAUUUGUACAUAACGGAGCUGUUGUAACUGUGUACAUAACAAAGGUGUAUAUUUUUUACUAGCGGAAUCACAAUAAUAUAAAAAAAAAGGGUCACUUCAAGAUUGCCGGCACCAACCAUGACAUGUGAACUAGGACGAGUUUUGUUGAAUGUGAAAUAUAAGUUUAUGUUUCAUGAAACGUUGUUAUGUUACCAUUGUUGGAAUAGUUUAAUGGUUCACCUGUUAACCAGGUUUGGUUUGUGUUAAAUACUGAAGAAAAAUAUCCUAUAGAUUUGCAUAAAAUAUUGUGAGUUGUUGUACGUGCUCAAUUUUUUAAUCGUUAGUUUUUAUGGACCUAUGUGAAAAAUUAGACUUAAUAAACACAUAGUAUAUUUAUGUUCAAGAAAUAGAGAAACGCUUUGUCCUGA